AUGGACGGCCAAUUUCCAGUCCUGUUUCUCUCUUGCUCACAUUGCACACGUGAGCAUUCCGACGCUUAUGCGAUGGCAUCAGUGCAGCCUGCUCCGUUGGAGCAAGUCCUUCACCAACUCGUCAAUAACCUGGCCGAACUGACCAGAAUCCUGUCUGGUCAGGAAAGUUCUGAACACGCACAGAACAAGCAACUGGUCGCACAGAAUUCUCCAGAAACUGAGAGCGAUGUGGAAAUGUCCACACAAUUACCACUCGAAGUGGAAACAAUUUUGUGUGUAACGCCAGUCGCCGGCUCUGACCUAACAGAAGCAGUCGUUCCAGUAGAAGGCUCAACAGACGCAACACGAGGUGUCCAUGAGAAUACUACAGCAUCUGAACCGCCGCUAGAGAUCGCGCCACUGCAAUGUGGAGCGCCAGCUACCAAUCCUGAUAUCUCGACAGAGGCUGUUCCAGCGAAUGUCUCAACUGACACACCGCCAGAUACUUCUAAGAAUACCGCAACGCCUGCGCCACCACAGCUCGAUGAUUCUUACCCCCCCGAAGAUGUCGUUACAGUAACGGGCGCUCCAUCAGAAGUCUCUAGGAGUCCUAUAGUGUCUGAGCUACCACAACCCGAUGCUAUAGUUCGCUUACCAAGAGAUCUGGAUGAGUGGUUCGUCAGCCCUCUUCCUACCGGCAUUCGCAUAAAGAUAUUUCAAGCUGCCGGUACUUCAUUUCUCAUGAGUCAUCCUUUGUUUGGUUUCAUAACAUUGAAGCUGAACUUAGAGAAUGAACAGUAUUUUGAAAUUGCAUAUACACAAUACACGUACUACGUCAGAACCAAGUUCCAGUUGGUCGAACUUCCAGCCCUAGAAGGAAAAGAUGCGCACCCGUCUGACAGCGACUACACUCAUCAACAGGCUCGACAAGUUGGGCCUGGUUCGUUGACGGCCAUGUUAGCGGCGAGCGUUCUUGGAGGAGCAGGAGGUUCUGGGAUAGAUCUACUCUUUUCCAUCUUCAGACGGAUCAACUCGGUCCCACUGGCAAAGUAUUCGACAUUGAGACAGACGCGGACCACGGUCAACGGGAAGUGGAGAGACAUUAUGUCGGAUGAACGGAGAUCUACGGUCCUUGAAAGGAGAUCAACCGUGGUGACUACUCUGGACGAGAUUUCGACAGGUUCAAAGUACACAACCGUCAUACUAGCUGAUGACAAACCUUCUGGAAUUUGCCAUCAUUUGCUCAUUAUUUUCACAAUAAUGGGUACCUGGGAGCAGCGCUGGCAUGAGAUAUUGGAUGUCAUUGAAGUUGAAACGUCCAUACAGAUGCAUGAGAUCCAGGACACGCAUCGGCUGGACGAAUUGAUCUUGCCUCGAAUUCUCUGGAAGAAAGAGCGUCCAACUUCGGAGCAAAUCACAGGCACUUCCUCGAAGCAGUAUUCUCUGCUACUCAAAUCAUACGUGACGACGAAUUGA